UGGCAGCAAUGCCUGCUGCGCUUUCAUCUUUAACUCCAGACACAGCAACUAUAGUAUAUUUAAUCUAAAUUACCAGAACAGAUUUUUUUUUUUUUUCUAUCAAAUGCUUUCUUUUUAUAAACAGCACGACACUGUCUGAAACGAGGAUCCCCCACCCCCAGCUUCCAGACUAGAGACUAUUGCCCCUUUAAAUCCUAAGGCGCAGGAAAGAGGAACGGGAAGAGGAGGGGAGAGAGAAGAGGAAGGGCUGCUGUGUGGAGCUAAUGAUCUGACACAGUUCCAUGAAGAUUGAAAACUUUGCCUCAGUGUUCAUUACUGCAAGUUAAAAACAGUUUUUCGCAUAAAUCUACAACUAAUAGCAAUAACAUUUGCAGAUGUCCUAAAAAAAUAUUUACAUGCCUACAUGCAGUAAUACUGAAGACUCAUUUGUGCUUACAAACAGCACAUCACCAGUUUUAAUUACAGUGGAUAUUUGCCUAAAAGACAAGUAAAGAUCUUUGCUUUUCACACUGAAAAAUAUCCUCACAAAAUAUUUUUUUCCCAAACAAAGGUUUGACCUUGUGCUAAACAUACUCAAAUAAUAAUAACAACAAUGGCAUCUGUCCCUGACAUAUUACGCUUCCAGCUUCCUGGCCAUGAGGCAGCCACUCUCCGCAGCAUGAACCAGCUUCGUUCAGAGGAACGAUUCUGUGAUGUCACUGUUCUCUCUGACGGUCUCAAAUUCAGGGGCCAUCGGGUGGUUUUAGCAGCUUGCUCGCCCUUCCUCAGAGACCAAUUUCUGCUUAAUCCAGGCUCAGAACUUCAGGUCUCCCUUAUGCAUGGCCCCAGGGUGGUCUCAGACCUUCUUCUUUCCUGUUAUACAGGCCUCCUGGAAUUCUCAGUGAGAGACAUUGUAAACUAUCUGACAGCAGCCAGUUACCUACAAAUGGAGCAUGUUGUAGAGAAAUGUCGUCAAGCCUUGUCCCAGUUUAUUGAGCCAAAGAUCGGACUGAGGGACCCUAGUAAGACUACAAUUUCCCGCAGUGCCCCCUCAACAACAACAACAACGCUGCAUCCUGUUUGUUCUACUGAGAAGCGUAGGUCACUAAAGACAGAGAUUAAAGCAGAAGAUGAGCUUGAGGAAGAAAUGUUAUUGAUGGCAGAAGAGGAGGAAGAAGAAGAUGACGAGGAAGAAGAAGGAUCGUCUUCUAAUAUUUGCAUUGUGAAAGUGGAAACAGGAAUGGGUGGAGGAACAGCAAAGGGAGGAGUAUUGUGGAGGAAAAGAUCUGAGGAAAAAAUCCUCAGGGCACAAUCUGAAGAAGCCUUGGUGAAUUCUACUGUAGAAGGUAGUGAGCCUGGAGAAGGUAUUGUGCAGCAAGGAGGAGCAAUGAAAGCAGUCUACAGUGAUGAAGUGGAAGGGGGAGAGGGGGUGCUCAUAAUACCAAGCAGCUAUCACGAAGAAGAAGAUGAAGAGGUUUUUGACAGAGGGGCCAGUGGAUGUCAGAGCAGUGUUGCAGUUGACGGAACAAGAAAUUCUCUUGGUGAUUUAGGAGGAGUUACAGGAGUAGAAUCAAUGGUUAUUGGGGAUACAAGACUGGGAAACAGAAGAUCUAUGAAGUGCUGUAAAUGUGAGGAGAUUUUUCAGGGAGUUGAGAAACUUGUUUUCCACAUGCGGGCUCAGCACUUUGUAUUUAUGUGCCCACGAUGUGGAAAGCAAUUUAAUCACAGCAGCAACCUUAACCGCCACAUGAAUGUUCACAGAGGGGUAAAGUCCCAUUCCUGCCAUAUAUGUGGCAAAUGCUUUACACAGAAGUCCACACUCCAUGACCACCUUAACCUGCACAGUGGUGAAAGGCCAUACCGAUGCUCAUACUGUGAUGUAAGGUUUGCCCACAAGCCAGCAAUUAGACGUCACCUUAAAGAGCAGCAUGGAAAGACCACAGCCCAAAAUGUAUUGGAGGCAGGGGUGUCUGAAAUACAAGUGUUGGUGGCUUAAGGACUUCCUGCCAAUACUAAUGCGUAACAGCAAAAUCUACCUAGACUAUAAAUCUGUGCUUUACGGGAUACAAUGAAAAAGCCUCUGUUGUGCUGUUCAUUUUUGUCCACCUUCGGUUUGUGGCAUUUUUAAUAAUUCAUCUUUGCACCAAUUUUAGCAGUUUACACCUGUAGGAUUUAGUAUAUGACAAUUCUAAAGACUUUUCUCCACUUUUUUUAAGGUCCCCACACCUCUUUUGCCACUUUUACAUUUGCUAUAUAAAUAACAGAGCCUUGCUCUUUUAAUAAAAUGUUUUUAAAGUAUC